AUGUCAAUGAAAGAAUUGCAACACCAAUUGAAAUUAUCAUUCAAAGAGAUUGAUGAAGCAACCAUCAACUUCAAAACGUGCAUUGGAAAGGGUGGAUAUGGCUGGGUGUACAAAGGAACACUCUGCCACGAUGGUAAAUACACCACAGUAGCUGUAAAGAGAUUAAAUGAGAAUCUAGGACAAGGGUUAAAGGAGUUUUUGACUGAGAUUCAAUUACUCUCUGGUCAGCACCAUCCAAACCUCAUCUCUCUUAUCGGUUACUGUGACGAGGGGAAGGAGAAGAUUUUGGUUUAUGAAUUCGCAGAGCGUGGAAGUUUAGAUCGUUAUAUAAGGCCCGGAAGUAGUAAAACUACUCUUACAUGGCUGGAAAGACUCAAAGUUUGUAUUGGGGCAGCUCGAGGAUUAGAUCACCUCCACAAUCAUGUUGGAGAGCAUCAAACAAUAAUCCAUCGCGAUAUAAAAAGUGCAAAUAUUUUGUUAGAUGAGAAUUGGGUUGCUAAAAUUUCGGACCUUGGAUUGUCCAAGUUAAGCUUGGCAGGUUUCGAUAGAAGUGCUGUCAUUUCUCACGCUUGUGGCACCCCUGGCUACUGUGAACCAGAAUACAUAAUUAGUGGCGUGGUGAAGACAGAAUCUGAUGUAUAUUCUUUCGGCAUGGUACUAUUCGAAGUUAUGUGUGGAAGGCUAUGCAAUGUUAAAGAAGAUGAUGGCUUUUUGCUAUCGGCUUCCACGGCUAAAGAAUCAUAUGAAAAGAGGAAAUUGGAUGAAAUUAUUCAUUUUAGUUUAAGGAAACAAAUGAGCUUAGACUCCAUGGAAAAAUUUUCAACAAUAGCCUAUAGAUGUUUGCACGAUUCUCGAGACCGACGACCUUCUAUGAAUGUUGUCAGAAAACAGCUUGAAAGAUCACUCAAAAUCCAGGUAAUUUCCUAUGCUAGGCUAGCUAGCUACACAUGA